AACUGUAGCUACCACGGUUCACGAGAUACAGCCUGGUGACAGACGGAUAUUCAGCGGUGCCUAAGUAUUAUGGUUCCUCCUUUGGGUUCCUCAAUAAUGGAACCCUAAAAAUAUUUGCAAGAUAGUCAAUCAAUCCUCUUUGUUGAUAAAUGAGUUCUGGUUGUCAAUUUAAAUAAAAAAAAUAUGACGUUACUAUAGCAACGCGUCCUUAGACACGUUGUUUAUUUAUUAAGUUGCCAAUUUUAACAAACAUAUCGUUUUAUUUUUGUUGGAAUACCUUAAUAUUUAUUCAUAUUUAAAAACAUAUGUGAUUUUAGUAAAAAGAUAAAUGUCUAGCCGUCCGAGUAGGACCAGUGCCUCAGGCGCUAGCAAGGCCAGUCUAUCAGUUUGGUCGACUGCCACAAGUGGUGCAAGUAAACCCAGUGCGUCCAGUGGGCCGAGCGGCGAUGGCGCCCGAUCGAAGAAGAGGCGAAGUGGUCCUCUCGAGGAACCGUGUCCGUCACGAUUUAUUAAGCCGGCGCGGAAGACUCGCAUGCCCCCGUGGCUGCCGCGCGCUGGUCUUGACUCUGAGCUCGAGAAAGACAGCGUGCUGCUAAGAGCGGCUAAUAAUAUGUACCCUGAGGGUGACGGCGAGGGUAACUGCAGCGAGUAUCCGCCUCUGAUGCAGGCGAAAUCAUGGACCAAAGGAGUGCCCUACCGCGAUUCCUAUGACCACACGAGACCAUCAGAUUCCAUCGGUAAUUGCUACACUCUUGCCUCGAAAUCGAUGCGUCUGCGCAACAUGCCACCGAAGAGACGAGAACCGCCCAAGUUGUACGGACCUAUUGGCCCCAACGGAGAGCUCCAGUUCCCACCACUCAAGCCCUGGGCGGAGCGGGAGCAAGAGAGGUUGGAUGCUGAGAAAAAAAAGCUGAGUCAAAAUAAACUGCAGAAAGGUCUACUUCGACUAGAGGAUUUAAUUUCUGGAGCAUACGACAAGCGAAAGGCUGCUGAAGCAGCAGCAAAGGAAAGAAGAUUGGAAAAGAAGAGGAAAGAACAAGAAGCAGCUGAUCUGGUCACUAAAGAAACAUUAAGAAGGAAAUUAGCUAGUUUAGAAUUUGAGCUGCCGCUCGACCCAGACGAGCAGAAGAAAGGCAUGUUACAGAUCACUGAAGAGGAGCAUUACAGAUACAUCUACCCAGACGACUUGAAGAGAAUCAAUUACUAUUUGAAUGUGUCUAUUACCGGCAAGCACAUCCCGGAUUUUCCGAUGGAGCUCUACUUGCGGGCGAAGACAGCGGUGGACAAGCAGACCGUGGCCAUUAAGAAGCGCCUUCUCAUCCUCACAUACCAGGCCACAGUCAGGCAGAGCGAGAGCGAGAUCAAGGAGUACUUUGUCUUAGCUAUGAAAAGAUGCAUCCUGCGGUACAUUCUGGAAGACGCCGACGAACGCAAGCGACUUAAAAUAGCCUUCCUGCCGCCUCUGUGGCCGGCGCACGUGAUCAGAGCCCCUGUUCCCUGGCACACGCCCAUCGUGAAGGCAAAGGAGGCUCUGUUUUACAGAUAUUAUGAUGGAAACCCUGUACUUAUCGAGCUAAGGAGAAUGUGGGAUGAGAGAUACCGUGACAUGUAUAUUUGCGACAUGAAGAAGAUGCAAGCAACUUCACCGUUCCCGCAGUACACAACCGAGUUCACCGACAACUUGAACAGGCUGUGCGCGGAGACCAGGUCGGAGUUGAUGGACAACUGGCUUAUAGACGUGGCCGAUACCAUGAUCAAGAUGAGGAAACAUUGGUCCGUGUACGUCGCCAAGCAGAGACAUCAGUCUUGCUUCCAAGUUGAGCAGUUCUUUAAAACGAUCAACGCAUUGAUGUCAAGACAACUUCGAGACCUGGUUGAACGGAGCGUCAAACAUUUCGCUGAACACUUUACCUAUUAUUUUGAAGGGAACAGUUACGACGGUCCCUACCGUGACUACAUGUUCAUCAAGCGUCCGAUCCUACGCAUCAAGGUGAUCGGCCACCCCGGCACCAACAACAUCACCUUCGACCCCUCGCUGCAGGCUAUCAAGGGACAGAUAGUCAAGUGGUUCCACACCAUCAUCAAUGUUAACAAUCAGUUGCCGAGUAUUUACAGUAUCAUGUACCCAGGCACCAGACAGUUAGAAGCUCACAUGUUCUCCGUGUUCAACGAUGAGAAGUACAUGAUGGACGCGAUCAACGAGGCGCUGGUGCAGGUUAGCAUCAACAAGGCGGGCCCCAGGAGCUUCAUCAGCAGCUACGAAGAGUACUACUACAUCCUCAACGGGCAAGCCAAGCAGGAACUGCUCACUUUCUUCGCACAGGAACCUCCACCGUUCUUAAAGGACUUCUCAGCUCGUAUCUACAUGUACGAGAAGCUCCGCGACGAGAUCCUGUUCCUCCGGCGGAACAUCCCGCUCAACAUGAUCAUGCUGGACUGCGGGCCCAUCAACGACACGCUCUGGGACAUCGUCAACAGUCUGCGACAAUACAUCGUCGACCAUUUCAUCGCUGUCAACAGGAAAUGGAACAGGGGCAUCUGCAACAUCUACGAGGAGAUGGCGGCGCGCGCGUCCGAGAGCCCGGAGACGACGGCUCAGCUGGUGGAGCUCAUCAACUACAUCAUGGACUGUCGCGACGCCGCCAUGUUCGACCUCAAGGAGAAGGCGCGCACUACCGCCGAGCAUGUGCUGUUCCUCAUGCAGCAUGCGCACUUACACUUUGAAGAUGUCAAUCUGAACACCCGAGUGUUCCUCUGGCCUCUAGACAUGGAGGAGACAAUAGACCUGACUCUCAAGACCUUGAACACCAAGAAGACAAUGGCUGAGGACAAGUUGAGGAGCAGGAAGACUAUCUUCGAGGACAAGCUGAAGAAGCACGAGAAAGACUUGGAGGUGUUCCGCAGGUUCGACCCGCCGCUACUGAACCUGGACCUCCUAAAGGAUGUCGUGGAUAGAGUCGAUACGAUAUUCCGGAAUUUGAUGGAAGACAAACGCGAAGCCGAUGGCAUCAUCAACGAGGAGACGCUGCUGGACCAGGAGCCGUCCGUGUACUUCAGCCUGCAGACCAUGCUGGCCGGCAUCGAGCCCUUCCACAAGCUCUGGCACACCUCGCACGACUUCUACGAUGGUUAUGAGAAAUGGUACCACGGUCCUUUCCUGGGUCUGGACGCAGAGAAGAUUGCCGAGGACGUGGAAGCGUGGUGGAAGCUGCUGUACAAGUUAGGAAAGCAGCUGUAUGAGUACCCCGGCGCCAAGCGCAUCGCGGACAUGGUCAGGAAUAAAGUGGAGAAGUUCAAAGUGUUGCUGCCUGUACUGUGCGCCAUCUGUAAUAAGGGCAUGCGCGACCGCCACUGGGCUAAGAUCAGCGAGCUGAUCGGCACAGAGGUAGUCCAUGAGCCGGAGACCACGCUGGCGGACAUGGUGGAGCAAGGAGUCCACGUGUACGCCUCGCAGCUGGAGGAGAUCGAGCAGUACGCGUCCAAGGAGUACGCGCUCGAGAAGGCGCUCAACAAGAUGAAGGACGAAUGGAUCGGUGUCGCCUUCGAGGUCGUGCCUUAUAGGGAUACUGGCGUCGGCAUCCUCACUGGUCUGGACGAUAUCCAGCAACUGCUGGACGACCACAUCUUGAAGUCGCAGACCAUGCGCGGCUCUCCGUACGUGAAAGCCUUCGAGUCUGACAUGAUCGCUUGGGAGGAGAAGUUGAUCAGCAUGCAGGAUAUACUUGACCAGUGGUUGACGUGUCAAGCCACUUGGAUGUACCUCGAACCGAUCUUCUCAUCUGAAGAUAUAAUGCGACAAAUGCCAACUGAAGCCAGGAACUUCAGGGAUGUAGAUAAGGAGUGGAAGACAAUCAUGUUCGCCACGCAGAAGGAACCUAUGGUGAUAGAGGCUACUGACUAUCCUGGCCUUUUGAAGUCGCUGAAGUACAAUAAUUCCUUGCUAGAAGAUAUUCAGAGAGGAUUGAAUGAUUACUUGGAGAAGAAGAGACUGUUCUUCCCAAGAUUCUUCUUCUUAUCCAACGACGAGCUGCUAGAGAUCUUAUCAGAGACGAAGGACCCGAUGCGCGUGCAGCCUCACCUCAAGAAGUGCUUCGAGGGCAUCUACACGCUGGAGUUCAACUACCUGAAGGAGAUCUGUGGCAUGGCGUCCGCCGAGGGGGAGGUCGUCAAGCUGUCCUCUACUAUACAACCUGCUGAUGCUAAGGGCAUGGUGGAGCGCUGGCUGCAGCAGCUGGAACACCAGAUGAUAGUGAGUCUCCGCGACGUCGCCAGCGAGGCCAUCAACGGGUACCCCGUGGCCGUCCGCGAGGACUGGGUGCUCAUCUGGCCCGGACAGAUCGUGCAGUCCGGGUCCUGCGUCGAGUUCACUCUUGAGACUAUUGAAGCCAUAGAAAACCGCACGCUUCCAGAGCAAGUGGCGCGAAGUACGGAUCAGAUUAACGGUCUGGUGUACCUCGUGCAAGGUGACCUCCGGCCCGGAAACCGCAUCACUGUAGAAGCUCUUAUCGUGCUCGACGUGCAUGGCCGGUCGAUCCAGGAAGACAUGAUGGCGCGAAACAUAACAGACAUAACGGACUUCAACUGGAUCUCGCAGCUGCGGUACUACUGGCGCGGCGACAAGAUGAUCUGCUCCAUGAUCACCACGGACGUGGAGUACGGGUUCGAGUACCUGGGGAACACCGGCAGGCUCGUCGCCACGCCGCUCACUGAUCGAUGCUUCAGGACGCUAAUGAGCGCUUUGAAAUUGAACCUGGGCGGCGCGCCGGAGGGCCCCGCGGGCACCGGCAAGACCGAGACCACUAAGGACAUGGCCAAGGCAGUCGCCAAGAAGUGCGUCGUCUUCAACUGUUCGGAUGGUUUGGAUUAUAAGGCGCUCGGCAAGUUCUUCAAGGGUCUAGCUCAAUCAGGAGCAUGGGCUUGCUUCGACGAGUUCAACCGCAUAGAGCUGGAGGUGCUCUCCGUGGUCGCGCAGCAGAUCCUGUCCAUCCAGCUCGCCAUCUUGCGCCGAGAGAAGCGCUUCGUGUUUGAAGGCACCGAGAUCAGUCUCAACCCCACUUGUUCCGUCUUCAUCACCAUGAACCCUGGUUACGCGGGCCGCACUGAGCUGCCCGAUAACCUGAAGGUGCUGUUCAGAACUGUCGCCAUGAUGGUACCGGACUACGCCAUGAUUGGAGAGAUCACGCUUUAUUCCAACGGAUUCGUUAACGCGGGACCCUUGGCUCGCAAGAUUGUGCAAGCCUACAAGCUAUGUUCCGAGCAGCUGUCUUCACAGAAUCACUACGAUUACGGCAUGAGGGCCGUCAAGUCCGUACUGCUGGCUUCCGGUGCCCUGAAGAAGAACUACCCGGAGAAGGACGAGGCCCAGCUCGUGUUGAGGGCCAUCAUCGAUGUCAAUAUGCCCAAGUUUUUGUCGCAGGACGUGCCACUGUUCUCUGGUAUAUACUCGGACUUGUUCCCGGGAGUGGAGAUCCCGCAGCCGGACCGCGCCGAGCUGCUCAAGUGUAUUCUGAAGGAACUCGAGAAGAGGAACCUGCAGCCCACCGAGUGGUACCUGGAUAAGAUUAUACAGAUUUACGAGAUGAUGCUGGUCCGUCACGGGUUCAUGAUAGUGGGUCCCCCGAUGGGUGGCAAGACGCAGGCCUACCAGUCGCUAGCGGAGUCCCUGCGAGCCCUACAGCUGCAGAAGCCGCCGCCGAGGCACAAGGAGUUUGGCGCCAUCUACAGGAUCAUCAACCCCAAAGCUAUCACCAUGGGACAGCUGUAUGGGUGCUUCGAUCCGGCAUCACAUGAAUGGUCUGACGGCGUCCUGGCCAUAGCGUUCCGGGAGUACGCGAUGUCGAUAACUCGCGACCGCAAGUGGAUCCUGUUCGACGGGCCGGUGGACGCCGUGUGGAUCGAGAACAUGAACACCGUGCUCGACGACAACAAGAAGCUGUGUCUCAUGAGCGGCGAGAUCAUACAAAUGACGAACAAAAUGAAUUUGAUCUACGAGCCAGCUGAUUUGGAGUUUGCUUCCCCCGCUACCGUGUCGCGCUGCGGCAUGAUUUACAUGGAACCAGAACAGCUAGGUUGGCGCGCAUUCCUGAAGUCCUACAAUCAGUACUUGACGAAGAAGUUGAUCCCGGAGCAGUUCGAGCUGAUCCAGGAGCUGAUCGACUGGCUGGUGCCGCCCAUCUUUGAUGUGCUGCAGCAUCGGUGCACAGCCUUCGUCACUGUCGGGGAGAUACACCAGUUUCAUUCAUUCACUCGCCUGUUCACCUGCCUGCUGGACGCGGAGGCGCAGUUCAGCACGGUGUGGCUGCAAUGCACCUUCGUGUUCGCGCUGCUGUGGGGACUCUGUGCUACUAUUAACGGUGAAAGUCGCAAGACCUUCGACGGGUUCUUCCGGAAGCUCAUCGAAGGCAACAACACCGCCCACCCGAAGCCCAAGUCCUUCAAGCUGGCCAAGAACCAGCUCUUCCAAGACAAGGACACUGUCUUCGACUAUGUGUACGACAAGAGGAACAAUGGAACCUGGAUAUCAUGGAUGGAGCUGGAGAAGGAAGCGCCUUUACCUGCUAAUGCUAAGGUGAACGACCUGAUAAUCUUAACAAACGAGAACGCUUGCCUGCGUUACUUCGUGAACAAGAUGGUGAAGUCGAAGAUCCCGAUCCUGCUGGUGGGCCCCACGGGCACGGGCAAGUCCUCGCUCAUCAUCAACUUCCUGCUGUCCCUCCCCAAGGAAAAAUACAUCACCAACACCAUCAACUUCUCUGCCAGGACCACUGCUAAUCAGACUCAAGAUAUUAUCAUGUCGAAAGUAGACAGAAGAAGAAAAGGUGUAUUUGGGCCUUCUAUGGGCAAAAAGUGUGUACUAUUCGUGGAUGACUUGAGCAUGCCUCAGAAGGAGCAGUAUGGCGCGCAGCCCCCGCUCGAGCUGCUGCGGCAGUGGAUUGACCAUGGACACUGGUACGACCUCAAAGACAUGGUCAAGCAAGAGGUCGUCGAUGUGCUGUUCGUAUCAGCCAUGUUGCCUCCCGGUGGCGGGUCCAACCUCAUUUCCUCCCGGCUGACGCGACAUAUGCUUCUCAUCACUCUGGACUCCUUCGAAGACAAUACGCUGAACAAGAUAUUUGUCACUAUCAUGGACUGGCACUUCGCUAAAGGUUUCAAUGAGACCAUCCAAAGAAUGGCCAAAGCUGUAGUAGCAGCCACGAUGGAGGUAUACAAAACGGUGACUCUUCAGUUCCUACCGACGCCGAGCAAGUGUCACUAUCUGUUCAACCUCCGCGACUUCGGCAGAGUGAUUAAAGGUGUCCUCCUGGUACCGGCCUCUCACAUGAAGGAGCUCAACAAACUGGUCAUCCUGUGGAUACACGAGGCGUACAGGGUCUUCUAUGAUAGAUUAGCUGAUGAUGCUGACCGCCUGAAGUUAUUCGACGUGGUGUACAAGGCGGUGUACAACCAGUUCCGCGUGCACAUGGACCAGGUGCUCAACGAGAUGGGCUACAUCCCCGAGGGUGAGAAGUGCAGCAACAAGCACGCCUGCAACAUCUUCUUCGGGAAUUACAUGGAGCCCGAUGCUGACCCUAAGAUAUAUGAUCAGGUUCAGGAUCUGGAGGACAUGACAACGAAGAUGGAGUAUUACUUGGAGGAGUACAACGUGGUGUCCUCCUCACCGAUGGCGCUGGUCAUGUUCCGGUACGCGCUCGACCACAUCUCACGGUGUACGAGGGUGCUCUUACAAGAUAACGGUAACUUGCUCCUUGUUGGCGUGGGUGGUAGUGGCCGGAGCAGUGCUGUCAAACUGGCCGCUAGUAUUCUGGAGAUGAAUGUCAUACAGAUUGAAAUAUCUCGAGUGUACGGUCAGAACGAGUGGCGCGAUGAUAUCAGAAAGAUGUUGAUGAAGGCUGGUAUUAUCGGAAAGCCUCUUGUCUUUCUGUUUGCGGAUAACCAGAUAAUGUACGAAGGCAUGGUGGAAGACAUAAACAUGCUUCUCAAUACUGGCGACAUUCCUAACAUCUACGGUAUGGAUGAAAAGGUGGAGAUCCUCGAUAAAAUGCAGGCGGCGGUCAGGGAAACGGGCAAGAAAAUCGAGACGACUCCGCUGGCCAUGUUCGGUUUCUACGUGGAGCGAGUGAAGGCGAACCUCCGCAUCGUGAUGGCGAUGUCGCCCAUCGGAGAUUCCUUCAGGAACCGCCUUAGGAUGUUCCCGUCGCUCAUCAACUGCUGUACUAUUGAUUGGUUCACAGCGUGGCCGCCCGAGGCGCUGGAGCGCGUGGCCAACAUGUUCAUCAACUCGAUGGAGAACGUGGAGGACGACCUGCGCGUCUCCUGCGUCGAGAUGUGCCAGCUGUUCCACAUGAGCGUCGUGCAACUCAGCGAUAGGUUCUACAAAGAACAAAAAAGAAUGGUCUACGUGACUCCGACCAGCUACUUGGAGUUGAUUAAGGCUUUUAUGGAUCUAUUCACCAUUAAAGUGGAUCAGAUCACCAAAUCGAGAAUAAGAUACGAAACAGGUCUAGAACAGCUGGACUUCGCAGCCGGCCAGGUGGCGGUGAUGCAGCAGAACCUGAGAGACCUUCAGCCACAGCUCGUCGAGACCUCUGACAAGACGGAAAAACUUAUGAUCAAGAUCGAACAGGAUACCGUCGUUGUGGAGAAACAGAAAGAAAUAGUGGGAGCAGACGAAGCUCUGGCCAACGAAGCGGCUGCAGCAGCGCAAGCCAUCAAGGACGACUGCGAGUCAGACUUGGCGGAGGCGGUACCAGCGCUCGAAGCUGCUCUCAACGCCCUCAAUACCUUGAAACCAGCUGAUAUCACUCUGGUGAAGUCCAUGAAGAACCCGCCGGCUGGAGUCAAGCUGGUUAUGGAAGCGGUGUGCGUCAUGAAGGGGAUCAAAGGUGAUAGGAAGAUGGAUGCCAACGGGAAACCAUACGAGGACUACUGGGGUCCAUCGCUGAAGAUGCUGGGAGACAUGAAGUUCCUGGAGAGCUUAAAGAACUACGACAAGGACAACAUACCGCCGCCCAUCAUGAAGAAGAUUAGGGAUAAAUACAUUCCGGAUCGCGAGUUUGAUCCUGCUGUGAUAUCGAAGGUGUCAUCAGCCUGUGAGGGGUUGUGCCGCUGGGUGCGAGCGAUGGAUGUCUAUGACAGAGUUAUUAAGGUGGUAGCGCCGAAGAAAGCCGCCCUUUUCGAGGCAGAGUCUGAGUUGCAGGCGCAGAUGAACACGCUCAACGCCAAGAGAGCGCAGCUGCAGGCUGUCCUCGACAAGCUACAGGCAUUGAACGAUGAGUUCGCGGAAAUGACUCGCAAGAAGAAAGGACUGGAGGACGAGAUAGACCUCUGUUCAACUAAACUGUCGCGCGCGGAACAGCUGAUUGGAGGCCUCGGCGGAGAGAAGGCGCGCUGGAUAGAACUAGCGCAUAAUCUGCAUAAGCUACUGGCUAAUAUUAUCGGUGAUGUGUUGCUAUCGGCUGGUUGUAUCGCAUACCUGGGACCCUUUACAGUCAACUACAGGCGAGAAGUCGUACAUGUGUGGAACGCACGAGCCAGGCAAUUAAGAAUUCCAUGUUCAGAAACAUUUUCUUUGAUAACGACUUUGGGUGAGCCGGUGGUGAUCCGCGUGUGGAACAUCGCGGGGCUACCUGUUGACAGCUACUCCAUUGAGAACGGCAUCAUCGUCGAGAAGUCAAGGAGAUGGGCACUCAUGAUUGAUCCUCAAGAACAAGCCAAUAAAUGGAUAAAGAACAUGGAGCGUGAGAACCAGCUGAAGGUCAUCAAGUUAACGGACCCCAACUACGUGCGCGUGCUGGAGAACGCCAUCCAGAUGGGCUUCCCCGUCAUCCUCGAGAACAUUCGGGAACAACUGGAUGCCGUCAUCGAGCCCGUACUGCUCAGGAAUAUAUUCAGAUCUGGCGGUGUGGACUGUCUGAAGUUAGGCGACAAUAUUCUGGAGUACAACUACUCGUUCCGGUUCUACAUCACCACCAGGCUCAGCAACCCGCACUACCUGCCUGAGGUCGCCGUGAAGGUUACGCUUUUGAACUUCAUGAUAACCCCACAAGGGCUACAAGACCAGCUGCUGGGUAUCGUGGUGGCUCAGGACAGGCCAGAACUUGAGCUGAAGAAAAACCAGCUCAUUGUGGAGGGAGCCAACAACAAGAGAACGCUCAAGGAAAUUGAGGAUAAGAUUUUGGAGGUUUUAUCAUCUGCUGGAAACAUUUUAGAAGACGAAUCAGCGAAUCAGAUCUUAUCAUCAUCCAGGAUCCUCUCGAUAGAAAUAGAAGCGAAACAAGCGUCAGCCACUGUCACUGAGAAAGAGAUAGACGAAGCCCGCCUGCUCUACGUGCCCGUGUCGAAGCAUAGCUCGGUGCUGUUCUUCUGUAUCUCAGACCUGGCUAACAUUGAUCCUAUGUACCAAUAUUCUUUGGUUUGGUUUAUAAACUUAUACAAUCAAGCGAUCAUGAACUCCCCUAAAUGUGCGAAGCUUGACGAGCGCAUUGAGGGUCUAAACGCUUUCUUCACUAAGAGUAUAUAUGAGAAUGUCUGCAGGAGUUUGUUUGAAAAGGACAAGUUAAUCUUCUCUCUCGUUCUAACACUAGGAAUACUUAGAGCCCAGGGUAACAUCGACGACGAGCUGGUGACGUUCCUGCUGACGGGCGGCGUGGCGCUGGACAACCCGCACGAGAACCCCGCGCCGAGCUGGCUCACUGAGAAGGCAUGGUCCGAGAUCGUGCGGGCCUCGCAUCUACACGAGCUAACCGGAUUCAGGGAGCACGUGGUGUCCCACGUGAGGGAGUGGAAAGCUUUAUACGAUUUGUCCGCGCCGCACGAGAGCCCUUUCCCGGCGCCUUUCGAUAGAGUCGAGGGGAUCGCUAAACUCAUCGUUUUAAGAUGCAUCCGUCCCGACAAGCUGAUCCCGCUAGUCCAGCAGUACGUGGUCAGCAAGAUGGGUCCCCCCUUCAUCGAGCCGCCUCCCUUCGACCUGGAGAAGUCAUACAACGACAGUAACUGCUGCUCGCCCCUCAUUUUCAUCCUGUCUCCUGGCUCUGACCCCAUGUCGGGACUGGUCAAGUUCUCCAUGGAAAAGAAAGUUGUCAGCUUUGAGACUAUAUCGCUGGGACAGGGGCAGGGCCCUAUAGCGGCGAACUUGAUAAAUCAGGCGAUCAUAUCGGGCGGCUGGGUGGUGCUGCAGAACUGCCACGUCAUGGACUCGUGGAUGGGCGAGCUGGAGCGCAUCUGCGCCGAGGUCAUCAUCCCGCAGGUCACACACCCACACUUUCGAUGCUGGCUCACGUCUUACCCCAGCAAGUCGUUCCCAGUCACCGUGCUGCAGAAUGGAGUAAAAAUGACAAACGAAGCUCCAAAAGGCUUGAAGAACAACAUCUACCGGUCGUACAUAUCGGACCCGAUCUGCGACCCGGAGUUCUACAUCUCGUGCCCGCGCACGGAGGACUGGCGCCGGCUGCUGUUCGCGCUCUGCUUCUUCCACGCCAUCGUGCAGGAGAGGAGGGCCUUCGGGCCGCUGGGCUGGAACAUACAGUACGAGUUCAACGAGAGCGACCUCAGGAUCUGUAUCAUGCAGCUGCAGAUGUUCCUGACGGAUUAUUCAGAGACGCCAUUCGACGCUCUUAACUACCUCGCCGGGGAGUGUAACUACGGCGGCAGGGUCACCGACGACAAGGACAGGAGACUCAUUCUGUCUCUGUUGUCUAUCUUCUACAACGACCAAGUCACCACAGAGUCCGAGUACUCGUUCUCUCCGAGCGGCGACUACCGCAUGCCGCCGAGCAUGGAGUACAACUCGGUGCUGGACCACAUCCGCGCGCUGCCCAUGAUCGCCAAGCCAGAGGUGUUCGGUCUGCACGAGAACGCAGACAUCACCAAGGAUAACAAGGAAACUACUUCGCUCCUGUUCGGCACGCUGCUGACUCAGACGCACAUCGUGGCGGGCGGCGGGCACGCGGAGGGCGGCGAGGGCGGCGGCAUCGUGGACAUGACCAACGACAUGCUCGCGCGCCUGCCCGCGCUCUACGACGUCGAGGCUGUCUCCGAGAAGUACCCCGUGCUCUACUUCAACAGCAUGAACACCGUGCUCAAACAGGAGCUGAUCCGCUACAACCGCCUUCUGUCCGUGGUGAAGCGCACGCUGUACGGCGUGCACAUGGCGGCGCAGGGGCUGGCCAUCAUGAGCGCCGAGCUCGAGGAGUGCAACAACGCCUUCGUCAAGGGCAUCGUGCCCGGAGCCUGGAUGUCCAAGUCCUACCCCUCUAUGAAGCCUCUAGGAUCUUAUGUGGCUGACUUCCUAUCGCGCCUAAAAUUCCUGCAAGACUGGAUAGAGGAGGGUCCUCCGAUGGUGUUCUGGAUCUCCGGGUUCUACUUCACGCAGUCGUUCCUGACGGGCGUGCUGCAGAACUAUUCUAGGCACAACAAGAUCCCAAUCGACCAGGUCCACUUCGAAUUCACCAUAACCAAGAUGGAAGCGGAUUGUGAAGAGGAACCUUCGUUUGGGGUUUACUGCAAGGGUUUAUACCUCGAAGGAGCAAGAUGGAAUCGUGAAAAGAUGAAGAUAGACGAGUCCUACCCCAAGAUCCUGUUCGACACGAUCCCCAUAAUCUGGUUCCAGCCGGCUCUGAUCGCGGAGUUCAACCCGCCGCCGUGCUACUUCUGCCCCAUCUACAAGACCAGCGAGAGGAAGGGUGUGCUGGCCACCACCGGCCACUCCAGCAACUUCGUUAUGUACAUCACCCUCGAGUCCAAUGUGCCGGAGAAGCACUGGAUCAACAGGGGAGUGGCCAGCUUGACGCAGCUUGAUGAUUAGGGAGCGCGACUAUUACAGAAGGAGCAAUGAGCCGCUGACGAUAAACAGACGAUGGUCUAUGUAAUUUGUUAGCUAUUUGGAAUGUGAUCGAAAAGCCGUAACGUCGAAUGUCUAACACAAAUAACAUUCUUCAUUACAUAUAUAUUGCGUUGAUAUUUGGUAAAGUACAAAAGAUAAUUCUAAACACUGCAUACACUGAUAUUCAUGAUAUAAGCUUUUUAAUGACCACCUGUCAAUCACCUGCCAUUAGUUGUUACACUGCUACUGAUAUCAGUAUAAAACAGUUUUAUCAUGCUUUUGCCAUGUUUAUCAAACUUUUGAGUAAUUUUCCCUGUUUAUGGAAAAAUAUGUAUUUAUAACUUUGCUGUGAAGGCAGGUAAGUUAUUGAUUUAUUUUGAUUUGAACACGGCCUUAAUGACAGUUGACUUCAGUUCAAAAGGUUAAUGACCGAGGGAAGCCUACAUUGUACAUGACCUGUGUAUUCUACUAACAGAAGUAUAGGGUAUAGCACGUCUCCUUAAAAGGUACAGUACUGUUUAUUUUGCAGUCUCUAACCCCUAUAGUGAGUAAAGUAUUAUGAUUACUUCUAUGCUGGCUAAUGUCUAAUUAUAAUGUUUGUAACUGUGAUACGUGUCUAGUCUUUAAUCAAUUGUUGCCAAUAAAGGUAUUCUAUAUU